AUGGGUUGCAUUUGCUCCAAAACUUGGCGUCGCUCUCCAUCUCCGUCUAUUAAACCCACCCUCAUCGAGGACGACGACGAAGAAGAUGAUGAGGAAACAGCUGAGAAUCGCUCAUGUCCUAGAUUCGCGGUAUUCAGCUUGGAGCAGCUGAGAGUCGCUACUGACGGAUUCUCUGCCGGGAACAUCGUUUCGGAGUACAACGAGAGGGUUCCUAACAUCGUAUACAAAGGGAGGCUGAUAGGUGGUCGAAAGAUCGCAGUAAAGCGGUUUCGGAAGCUUUCUUGGCCUGAUUCUUCCAUGUUUAUCGAAGAAGCACAAAAAGUGGGGAGGUGUAGGAGUGAGUAUAUGGCAAACCUGAUUGGUUGUUGCUCAGAGGGUCAUGAGAGGCUUCUAGUUGCUGAGUACAUGCCUAAUGGAACACUUGCAAAGCAUCUCUUCCACUGGGAGAAACGACCAAUGAAAUGGGAAAUGAGGCUACAGGUUGCGUUGCAUACUGCGAGAGCCUUGGACUACUGUAAUGAUAAGGGAAUAGACUUGUACCAUGAUCUUAACACCUACAGAAUACUGUUAGAUAAGGAUUGGAAUCCAAGAUUGUCUUGCUUCGGUCUCAUGAAGAGUAGUAGAGAAGGGAAGAACUACAGCACGAACUUAGCAUUUGCUCCUCCUGAAUAUUUGCAUUUAGGUACUUUGGUACCAGAGAGUGUCAUAUUCAGCUUUGGGACUUUGUUACUGGAUCUUAUGAGUGGCAAACAUAUUCCACCAAACCAUGCACUUGAUCUAUUCCGUGGCAAAAACUACUUGGUGCUAAUGGAUUCAGCUCUGGAUGGUCAGUACUCUGAUGAGGAUAGAACAGAACUCAUCCACCUAGCUACCCGCUGUUUGCGUUUUGAACCAGACCAAAGACCAUGCAUGAAGUUUCUUGUCUUAGCUCUUUCAAGACUUGACAAACGAGCUGAUUCAGAGCCAAACGUCAAAGGAGAAAAAACUCAAGCUCUAUCGUAUACUAAACAUGCAAUAAAGAAGAAGCCAUUGCGCUUGACCGCUUUUGGAGAAGCGUGCUGGAGAGUGGAUCUAAAUAUUAUACACGAACUACUAGAGAAACUAGGAUAUGAAGAGGAUGAUGUGGUGAUCACACAUGAGUUCUCAUUUGAAAUGUGGAUGGGUAGUGUGCAAGAGAAUACGGAUUACAAGAAGCAUGGAGAUGCUGCAUUUCGUGCUAAAGAUUUUGACGCUGCAAUAGAAUUCUACACAGAGUUCUUGAGUGGAGCAUCAGUGUUAUCACCAACAGUUUUAACCAGAAGGUCAUUUUGUUACCUAAUGAGCGAUAUGUUCAGUGAGGCUCUAACCGAUGCGAUGCAAGCUCAGGUUGCAUCUCCAGAGUGUUCAACUGCUCUCUACUUACAAGCAGCUUGUCUCUUAAAGCUUGGGAUGGAAGCUGAAGCUCAAGAAGCACUUAGACAUGGCUCUUCUCUCGAAGCUUUUUAG